CCGGCACGUUGUCGCGUAGCAGCUAACCGCAACAAGGUAUUGAAUCUGCUUGUGGAGUCCAGAAAAUAGAUGCUAACAGGUGUUCUUAACCUCAGCUAAGUUGUACCAAACUAGACAUCUACCGCGAAGCGUGCUGGGAGGUUAGAGCUGCGUUUUCUUUUUAAAUGUCGGGAAACUGUUAAACUUUUAUUUUAGCGGCUCGGUGUUCCAAUGCUCCUACAUCAGUACGCGAACGGAUCCUUGGAAGUCAUGCCUCCCACACCGCUUCAGAAAGAUACCACUUAUACCAAAAUCUUCGUCGGCGGGCUGCCCUACCACACCAACGACGCCUCGCUGAGAAAAUACUUCGAAGCGUUCGGGGACAUCGACGAGGCUGUGGUGAUAACGGACAGGCAGACCGGUAAAUCCCGAGGCUACGGCUUCGUAACAAUGACAGAUCGAGGAGCAGCAGAGAGAGCCUGCAAGGAUCCCAACCCCAUCAUCGAUGGCAGGAAGGCCAACGUCAACCUGGCUUACCUGGGCGCCAAGCCCCGCAGCAUGCAGACAGGCAUAUCUGUCGGAGUACAGCCCAUUCACCCAGCACUCAUCCAGAGGCAGUAUGGAUUGGCCCAGUCCUAUCUCUACCCCCAAGCCUUUUUUCAGCCCAGCCUGGUGCUCCCAACUCAGCUGUCGGCAUCAGUGGGCACCGGCCCGUACCUGGACUACAACACCGCCUACAGCCAGUAUGCUCACGCCACCUUGGACCAGCAGUACCCGUACGCUGCCUCCCCCGCUGGCUUCCUGAGCUACAGCUACGCCACCAGCCCCACAGCCAGUGCCUGCCCAGCCGCCCCCGCCACCGUACACCCAACCCUCCCUUCCGCCACGGGCCAAGCCCCCGCCUUCCUGCACUACGCCCCACAGCAGCACAUCCAGCCUGAGCGCAUGCAGUGAGGAGGAGGCAGACUUUUGGAUGGAGGAUGGUGAAACUCCUGCAGAGUUACACGGCUGUCCUGAGCGGCGGGGGUGGGGGGUGAUUGCACUAUACGAUCAGUGUGAGCUGUUUGCUCCUUGAUAUUUGGGUAGAGAGGACUGUUGGGAGUUGGGAAGCUAAACGACGUACAAUAUGUGGAUGUUUCCAAGGGCUUCCAGAAGAUGACACUUCAUUUUUAUUAUUAUUAAUAUUAUUAUUUUAUUGUAUUAAUGUUUUUUAUGCAAUUAUCCAUGUUGGCAUGUUUUGGCUCAGUCAGAGGAAGUCGCGCCUGUUGGUAGGACAGAUCUGGGACGCUUGACACAGUUUUACUCCCAGCCCGAAGGGUCUGGUCUGGAUCUGACGGACACUGCUGCUGUUAUCGGUCUGAGAAACGACCAAGGAGGAAAUCCAUCAGGCUUCGUCUCCACGAUGAUGCAGAGCCCUGCUUCAUAAAGAAACUUCAGGUUUUAGGCUCCAUGCAGAAAUAUGGGGAGAGAUCUCACCUCAAGGACUAAAGUUUCCUAACAACAUCUGUUAAGGACUGCACACUUUAUUUUAUUGUAGUAAAAUUCAAGAGGCCUUACUGAAGCUCAGUGCUGAGACUAGUCCACAGCGAUGUGACUGACCUUGGGUUCAGAUGGAUGUAGGUGGUAUGUGGGGAUUAGGAGCUUCAUGUUGUCAACACUGAGCUCAAACACCUGUUUUGUUCCUUUUCAUUUUCUUCACUGAGAUUGUUUAAAACUGUCACCCUCAGUCAUCAAACACAUUUUCAAUAUUUAUAUGUAGGUAUUUAUAAAUGGUACGAAGUUAAAUGGCUUUUUGAUGUCAUUCAAUCUGCAGACUCAAAGCUGCAGGAACAAGUGUUUUGUUUUUAUGUUACCAGUCGAUUUGUGCUCGUUCGUAAAUUUCUGUGACUGGAUUCAUUUUUUUCUGUCCAAUAAAAAUGUCUUUUUACAGUUCGUUCAAACAAGCCAUAAAAUAAAAUUUGUACAUAAAGA